AUGGCUGCUAGGCUUUCUGUAUUGGGCGAAUGGAAGUCUGAUAGUGCUGUACAUGAGUGCGAAAUAUGUAGGGCCAAAUUUAAUUUUGGUCGCCGGCGUCACCACUGUCGCUACUGCGGCGGCAUUUUUUGCGACUCAUGCUCGAGUUCCUUUGUUAUAUUACAGAAGCUGCAUAAAACGAGGGCGCGACGGGUUUGCCGCACAUGUUUGUCAUUGCUCUCAACGGCACAGCCGAAUGCAAGUCGGAGUUGCGACGAAGCUCAAACUCAGCAGCUUCACUCGGCUGAUGCAAAUGCUUGCAGCUGUGACUCCGAUCCUUUGACCGCUCAAUCUUCUGAGGCAGCGUCGGCUACUUUUCUGACGCCACAGCACGGGAUAAUUCCACGCGCCACGGAUAACACUGCUGUGGAGGAUGACGUUGACGACGCGGAAUCGGAAGACGAGCAUGUUUCGGCCGCCGUUGCAGGUGUAUACUCCUCUGUGGAUGACGGCCAACCCACCAGUAGCUUAGCGUUUCUCGCCGCACUGCAAGAUAAUCUUAGAUAUUACGAAGACUCGGAUGUUGUGCAUGUGCUUAUAUAUGUAUCAGCUACAAGGUACCAAGUAAUUUUAGUUACAAUCAGUGAAGGGGAAACCAUGCUGAUGCUUGCUAGACGCUUGCUGGAUACCUAUUUUAGGUUGGACAGUGGCGCUUUCAAGUCUAUUAGCGCUUCAGAGCGAGAUAUUUUACUGCAGAAAUUGAGGUUUUCAAGUGAAUCCGUUAUCAUAGACAGCGAUGCCAAUGCGAUGGAUGUGGCGUCCUACUGCAAACAUUUGGUCCUUUCUACUCUUCCUAUUUCAGAGCUGCAGCAGGGGCACGAUGGUGAUCUUAUUCGAGGAUUUUUCCGCAGUGAACUCUGCAGUGAGUAUAAAGAAGAUGUGAUGUGUUAG